UUCCAACGUAACCACCGGUUUAAGCCAUCCAGUUCUAUCCACUGACUGCAAGUUUAAUGGGUUUGCCAUAUUUUCUGCCGGUGCAGGGGAAAUUAAGGUAAACAGCAAGAUAGCUGGUCGGUGAUUCUCCUGAUGUCAUGACCAACUGUGCAAUACAAAACUAGUUGAUUUGUUGUGCAAGAACAUACGGUACAUUUGUGGUCGUAUUCUACCUAGAAGACAAGCAUAUGAGAUCGACAUGAGUGCAACUGAAAGGCAGAAAGCGACGGAAUAUAAUUCAGUGUGACCUACCAAGUAGCCUGGACUCCACUCAGCAUAAUGAACCAAUUGCCAGGUUGUGUGUACCGGAGCCUGCAGUCUGCGCCAUAUACAGCUACGACUGCCAACCCAGGCUACAUGCACAAUGUGCCCUCAUCAGGUGUGUGCAAUACAGGCAACGAGGAGAUUCCACCUCAACAGAUGGCACAACGCAAGAGGAAAGCAGUCUCAGAAGAUGGGGAUGAUGAGGACACAAGCCCCAGCAAGUUCUCCAGAGAGAACCACAGCGAGAUCGAGCGACGCCGGCGGAACAAAAUGACGGCCUACAUAACGGAGCUUUCGGAUAUGGUACCUACCUGUAGCGCCCUCGCUCGCAAGCCCGACAAGCUCACCAUCCUGCGGAUGGCGGUCUCGCACAUGAAGUCAUUGCGAGGAACGGGCAACACUAGCACAGCAGGCACCUACAAGCCAUCCUUCCUAACAGAUCAAGAGUUGAAACAUCUCAUUCUAGAGGCAGCAGAUGGAUUCCUGUUUGUAGUGUCAUGUGACAGUGGCCGGGUCAUCUACACAUCCGAUUCUGUCCUUCCAGUCUUGAACCAAACGCAGACUGACUGGGUUGGGACGUCCGUUUUCGAUCUGAUCCAUCCUGACGACGCGGAUAAGGUCAGGGAGCAACUCUCCACGACAGAGUCUCCGACCAGCGGCAGGAUCCUGGACCUGAAAACUGGGACAGUAAAGAAAGAGGGACACCAGUCCUCCAUGAGGUUCUGCAUGGGUUCCCGCCGCGGUUUCAUCUGCCGCAUGAAGUACGGCAACGCCCAACUUGACCCCAUGACCAUGGGUCGCUUCAACCACGUGCGCAAUCGCAACAGCAUCGGAUCGCCCAAGGACGGCGAGCAGUACGCGGUGGUGCACUGCACAGGGUACAUCAAGAACUGGCCCCCACCAGCAGCUUCUGUUGUCAUGGACCAGCCAGAAGCUGAUUCCGAGAGCCACGGUAACAACCACUACUGCAUGGUUGCCAUUGGCCGCUUGCAGACUACCAGCACACCAAACUGCUCUGACAUCGGAGGCGCGGGCACGCCCAACGAGUUCAUCUCUAGACACCAGCCUGACGGCAAAUUUACCUUUGUUGACCAGAGGGUAACGGGAGUUCUAGGAUACCAACCCCAGGAACUUCUGGGCAAGUCCAGUUAUGACUACUACCAUCCUGAGGACCAGGCUCAUCUGAAAGACAAUUUUGAACAAGCUGUGAAGUUGAAGGGUCAGGUGCGGUCCUUGAUGUAUCGCUUCCAAGCCAAGAACAGAGACUGGGUCUGGUUGCGGACCAGCUGCUUCAGCUUUCAGAAUCCUUACACGGAUGAGGUGGAGUACAUCAUCUGCACAAAUGCAUCCAUCAAAAAUAUCCAGCAGCCGCAUGCUGGUCAGGAUCUUGAAUCCUCCACGGCCAUGGGAGCUAAGAUCAAAGGCCCUGGGGAGCCCGUCCCCUCCCUGACCCCCUACGGUGCCUACCCCAGGGGCAACACCGCCACCGAAACCCUGACAGACCGACACCAGGGGGCGACAGACAAGAGCUCACAGGAGUGCAAGUCGGAGCCCGUGGCCCGCUUUCAGGCAGACAGUGGCAGUGCGGGGGGAGGGGUGUACGGGGGUGGGGUGAUGUCGCCCCCGCAGAUGGCCGGGGGUACCGCAGUGGCUGGGGACAAGCAGAGCCGAUCGCUGGGCGGCGGGGGGUUCAACUCGAGCUCCUACCCUCAGGUGAGGGCUCCCCAGUCGUACGUUAGGCCAGAAGAAGCAGCAGGUGGUUCCAAGGGCCUGGGUGUGAUGGAAGAUCCCACCAAGAGCUACAGUCAGACUGCGGGCUCAUGGACUGCACCGCAGUAUAGCUCACAGGUUGAGACUGCACAGCGUAGCGAGAGGUUAAACGUGCCCACCACCAGCCAACCGUCAUCCUUUGGUCAGGCGCCCAGUAACGUGACGUCCUCCCCAGCACCCACGUACACCCAGCUGCAGACGUCCAGCGGCCGGAACUCUGGCUACGCCUACCAGCAAGACAAGGGAGUACAAGGUGCCAACUCCCAGCUGCCCUACAGCAGCCGUCCCGACACACAGCAACACCAGGCGUCCGUUGGGCGACAGCAAUGGCAACAAUGGCAGCAGCAGCAGUCGGCCACCGGCGUGGCAGGCACCGCAGCCAGCGGUCAAGAAAACCAACAGCAGCCGGCGCCCGAAGAGUUCCAUGACAUCUACCGCAUGCUGGAGGGCCAGCAGACUGCCCAGGCCUACGGGAGCCAGGUGGAAGAGUUCAACGACAUCCCCAUGUUCCCCCCGUUUUCGGAAUAGCUCAUCUAAUGUCCCCCCCCUGAUUUUGGAAAAGCUCAUCUACGGCGAGUGAUGAUAAAAGCAGGAAAGGACUACACAAACAUUUGUUGAGGAUUGUUUAACAAGGAUUGCAGAGUCCUUUAUAUAUAUAUAUAUUGGUGUGAUACUCUGGGCUUAACAGUGACAAGUGUUUGAGAGAAGGAGCAUGAUUGGAUGUUGCUAUCGGAGGUGCUGAUUGGUCGAUUGUUUUUAUCGACCUAAUUUGUGAUCGCACUUUGACCUCACUUGUGAUAGGACGCACGAUUGACUAACUUCGACUCUAUGGUUUACAGUUGAUACUGUGUAAGAGAAGGAGCAUGAUUGGGUGUCACUAUCGGAGGUGCUGAUUGGUCAGUUUUGAUCUUAGUUGUGAUUUGACUUUGCAUAACUUAUAUUAGCGUAGCAUUUUGAAUGCCUAGCAAAUUUGUAAAAGCAACUUUAUCCUAGAUUUUUCUGUAAAAAUCAACAUCCGUGUAGAAUUUCGGUGUCAAAGAGCUUUUUUUUCCUGAGCUUGAAAUGGAUAGCCACUUGUACAAUUUUUUAUUUGAAUUUUGGUGCAUUCUGGAUAUUUAUGAAGGUACAAAAAAUUCAGCACAAUAUACAACAAAAGUUUUUUUUUAUCAACUGUUGCCUUUAGAUAGCGUGGUCUUACUUAGGAAAUG